ACUCUUGACUUGUGCUCCUCCUCCAUUUCUUGGUUUUAAGAAAGAGAGCUUUUUGAAGGCCGAUUUCCAUGUGCAGCGGUUCGAAGAGGAAGCCUUGUUCCACUGACUCGACCACCACUGACUCGACCAUGGAUCAUGAGAAACAGGAAGGGUUCAGGUAUAGCUUUUCGAUUUUGCUGGAGUUAGCGGCGGCUGAUGAUCUUGAUGGGUUCAGAAGUGCUGUGGAGGAAGAUGGUCAUGAUGUGGAUGAGGCGAGUUAUUGGUAUGGGAGGCGUGUUGGAUCGAAGAAGAUGGGGUUUGAGGAGAGAACACCGCUGAUGAUUGCUGCUAUGUUUGGCAGCAUGAAUGUGUUAAAUUAUAUCCUUCAGACGUGUCGAGUUGAUGUGAAUAGAGCGUGCGGUUCGGAUAGGGCCACUGCUCUUCAUUGUGCUGCUACUGGUGGCUCUGGUGCUUCGGCUGAGGUUGUCAAGGUCUUGCUUGCUGCUUCUGCGGAUGCCAGUUGUAUUGAUGUUAAUGGAAACCAAGCUGGGGACUUGAUUGCACCUGCUUAUAGUUCAUCCUUCAACUCAAGGAAGAAAGCUUUGGAAGUCAUGCUCAAGGGCGUAUCCGGUUUAGAUGAGGCUUUUGAUUAUUCUGAGCAGAUGGCUAGAGAAGCAGAAGGUGAAGAUCAGCAAGAGGUCACAACUCCUCGUGCCUCAAAGGAUGGGACGGAGAGGAAAGAAUAUCCUGUUGAUCUUUCUCUUCCAGACAUCAAGAACGGAAUUUACAGCACAGAUGAAUUUAGAAUGUAUACUUUCAAGGUCAAGCCUUGCUCUAGGGCUUACUCACAUGAUUGGACAGAGUGCCCAUUCGUUCACCCAGGAGAAAAUGCAAGGCGGCGUGAUCCAAGGAAAUAUCAUUAUAGCUGCGUUCCUUGCCCAGAGUUCAGAAAGGGGACUUGCAGGCAAGGGGAUGCUUGUGAAUAUGCACAUGGUAUUUUUGAAUGCUGGCUUCACCCUGCCCAGUACCGAACUCGUCUUUGCAAGGAUGAGACUGGAUGCACACGAAGGGUCUGUUUCUUUGCUCACAAAACAGAAGAGCUUCGUCCCUUGUAUGCUUCAACAGGUUCGGCUGUCCCUUCUCCCAGAUCAUUCUCUGCAGGUGCUUCUCUGGACAUGGGAUCAUUGAGUCCACUUUCGCUCAACUCGCCAUCUAUCCUGAUUCCUUCUGUUUCAACUCCACCUAUGACUCCAACCGGUGCUUCUUCCCCUAUAAAUGGAAACAUGUGGCAAAAUCAACCAAAUAUUGCACCCCCCACCUUGCAGCUCCCAGGUAGCAGGUUGAAGUCUACUCUAAGUGCUAGGGAUUUGGAUCUAGACAUGGAGUUCCUUAGCCUGGAAAAUCACCGUCGCAGGCAGCGCUUGAUAGAGGAGUUGUCCAGUCCCUCAUCCAACUGGAACAAUGGCUUAUCUAGUCCUUCAGCUUUCUCUGCCUCCGGGAAUCGAAUGGGGGAAUUGAAUAGGAUUGGUGGAGUGAGGCCUAGUAACCUGGAAGAUGCGUUUGGAUCAAUGGAUCCUACAAUGUUGCCUCAGUUGCAGGGGCUAUCACGGGAUACCACAGCAUCCCAGUUGCAAUCCCCAACUGGUAUCCAGAUGCGCCAAAACAUGAACAUGCAACUUCGGUCAAGCUACUCAGGCAGCCCCUCUUCAUCUCCUGUUAGGGGUUCUCCUUUGCAUGGGUUUGAUGCAUCUGGUGCAGCUGCAGUUUUGAGUUCCAGGUCAGCUGCAUUUGCAAAGCAGCGGAGCCAGAGCUUCAUUGAGCGCAGUGCUGCAAACCACAAUUUUGGGUUAUCCUCACCCGCCGAUUCUGGGUCUCCAAAACCUUCUAACCUCUCAAAUUGGGGCUCUCCUAAUGGAAAGCUGGACUGGGGUAUCCAGGGGGAAGAACUGAAUAAGUUGAGGAAAUCUGCUUCUUUUGGAUACCGAAACAAUGGAAAUAGCUUUCCAACUGUUGAUGAGCCUGAUGUAUCUUGGGUAAACACCCUUGUCAAGGAUGCACCACCACCUUCGAGACCUGGACCACUUGGUUUUGAAGAGCAGCAGCAGCAGCAGUGUCACCUGGAAAAUGGAGAUGCAGAGAUACUCUCUGCUUGGGUCGAGCAGUUGUACUUGGAGCAGGAGCAGAUGGUGGCUUAAUCUAAAUCCAAGUCCCACAGGAUUGCUCAUUGAUUAACGUUUAACUAUUAUUUUUUUUGUCAUUUGUUAAAUUUUUAUUCAUCAUAUCUAGGUCGAAG